AUGCCUAGCAAAACACCCCACAACAAUGCUGCCAAGGAUGGCGACGAGAGUAUGACUGUAGUUGUGCCUCCAUCCAAAUCCUCCAAGAAGCCUGCUCCCUCGACCGAUGCGGAAGGCGACGUGGCAAUGGACGUGGAUAAGACCGAGGAGGAAGAAAAGGUUGACCCGGCUGUGCAAGCUGUAAUAGACAUCAAGGCCAACUUUGCCCUCCUUGACCGUGCGGUUACGCUCUUCGACGCUCGCUUCUCCCUGCGCGCCCUUCGAUCCAUCUCCCUCAUCCGCAAACACCUGUCGCCAGAUGUCAUUGCACAGGCGAUUGCCGACACAUUCCCCGCCACCUCGGCGUCCGCCAGCAUUGCAAAAGGCCUUUUAGCUGCGGUUGGCCGAGAGGAUGUUACGCUUGGCCGGGCUACCGGCGCUGAGAUGGAGGUGGACAGCGACGCAAAGGCUGCCAAGAACGGCUCCUCCAAGAAGGAAGUAAAAGAGAUCAUCCCCGAGAUUGACGUGUUCCUGGGAAUCUUGGUCCAGGUCUAUCUCUUCGAUGCCAAAAAAUACCAGCAGGGAGCCGACUUUUCCAAGUACCUGUCGGAUCGUAUCCAGACGCUGAACCGCCGAACGCUGGAUAGUCUCUCGGCCAAGGUUUACUUUUACUUUUCGCUCUUCUGCGAGUACAUCGUUCCGUUGCCGCCGUCUCCCGAAUCGCCCAUUGUCGCCAUUCGACCUACCCUUCUAGCCGUCCUCCGAACCGCCGUCCUGCGAAAGGACAUCGACACUCAGGCUUCGGUCAUUGUUCUGCUCCUAAGAAACUAUCUGCUGACGUCGCACAUCAAGCAAGCCGAUCUGCUUGUCUCACAUACGCAGUUCCCCGAGAAUGCCGCCAACAACCAAGUGGCACGAUUCUUGUACUAUCUUGGGCGGAUCCGGGCUAUCCAGCUGCGAUACACGGAGGCACACGAGCACCUCACAGCCGCCACCCGUAAGGCGCCGUCGAGCGGCUGUGCUGUGGGCUUUUCACAAACCGCCACUAAGCUGUUGCUGGUCGUCGAACUAUUGAUGGGAGAUAUCCCUGACAGGGCCACCUUCCGACAGCCGUCUCUGGAGGACGCUCUCCACCCGUAUUUCUUGCUGGUUCGAGCUGUGCGAGUGGGCAACUUGGAGGACUUUGAGACCACCAUUGCCGACAAUGCCGACAUCUUCAAGCGAGAUGGCACUUACACACUUAUCCUCCGCCUGCGUCAGAACGUCAUCAAGACGGGCAUUCGAAUGAUGUCGUUGUCAUACUCACGCAUCUCUCUUCGUGACAUUUGCAUCCGCCUGCAUCUUGGCAGCGAAGAGUCUGCUGAGUACAUUGUUGCCAAGGCCAUUCGAGAUGGUGUGAUUGAGGCUACUUUGGACAGGGAGAAGGGAUUCAUGAAGAGCAAGGAAGUGGGUGAUGUAUACGCCACAAGAGAGCCCGGAGAGGCCUUCCACGACCGUAUUCGGGCGUGCCUUGCCCUUCAUGACGAGAGUGUCAAGGCCAUGCGAUUUCCGAUGAACCAACAUCGCCUCGAGCUCAAGAAUGCCCAAGAGGCACGCGAACGAGAGAGGGAAAUGGCCAAGGAGAUUCAAGAAGGAGACCUGGAUGAUGACGACCUUGGCGGAGAUUUGGAUGGCAUUUAA